AUGUCGCCUCAGCGGUGCAACGAGGAGGCCAGCAGCGCUGCGCCCUCCGACGGCAGGGGCAUCAGGCGCCGCGUCGAAGACCUUGAGGGUGCGACGCCUUGCGGAGGAGACGCUCGUGAAUUCACAGACCUCUUGCGGAGGAGAUGGGCCAUGGGAUCCAUCAGCAGCCCUGGCGUGAUCAAGUUCGCCAGGGCCGCGGCCUCCCAGGGGGCGCAGAACAUCGGCGCUUGCGCUGGUACAUCCAACCUGCAAUCCAAGCACGCGUUCAGGGCAGUGUGUCGCGCCGUUGGCACGCCAGCUCGAGCACCGCAGAUCAGCUGGGCAGAGCUGAAGAACACCAACGGCGACGUGAUCUUCCACCCGUUCGUCGACCCGAUCGACACGUUGGAGGCAUGGUACCGUAAGGGCCCUUUGGUGCUCAAACAACGGAUCACUGGAGAAGAUGGCGAGACCGCCCAAUUCUGGCACGCCCCUCGGGAUCACCCGACCUACAAGUGCAAUGCUUCGCGUAUCUCGUCCACUACUGUACCUUUGGGCCUACAUGGCGAUGCUGCCCCGACGUCGAAAGCCGACGGCCUUUUCACGCUUAAGUUCAACAGCCUGUUAGGCCAUGGCGACGCGAUUGCUACGAGAGAUGUCGUCACAGCAUUCAAGAAGUCGGAUCUCGACUUAGACAUGUUCGAGCAGAUGGUGGAUCGCAUUGCCUGGAGUUUCAACGCAUUGUUCAAAGGCGUGAUGCCCGCUCUUCAGCACAACGGCGUGCCCCACCCAGAGGCAGGCAGAACGUUGUGCUAUGGGGGAAUAUUCGCUACCAUUCAGAUGCGAGGUGAUUGGGAGUACUACUCGGAUUUCUUGCACCUCCACAGGCAUCUCAGUAACUUCUUCAAGAUCAUAUCUUUCAGGUUUGAGGGCAUCGUGGUAGAGAUUCUCCAUUGUUUGGACCUGGGCGUGUCCAGCCACCUAAUAGCAAACGUGCUCGUCGAAAUCAUGGCGCGCGGGCAAUGGGGCCCGAACAGGGAAUCACACAUGCAAGGGCUUGUGGCCGACAUCAAGCAGUGGCGCCGCUCGCACAAGCUCGCCCACAGGCUGCAGGGCGAGCUUGUCUUCGCCAGGCUUCGCACGCAGGCCGACUGGCCGACGCUAAAGGCGCCUUAG